AAAUAGCCAAUUUAAUCGUUCCAACUUAGUACUAUUAGACAUUAAAUGUUUUUGCAGUAUAUUCUUUUUAGAAAGACAUUUAUCAAAAACCAGAUACAUUAUUUCUAAGAUCUUCAGUGACUAUAAGUGUACUUCGCGAGCCGCCGUAGUGUGACGUUGGCGCUUUACAAUUCAUUGAAAACAUGGCAGGUGAUAUUAAACUAGAAGACGAGGAGGAGAAUAUUUUAUAUGAUUUACUCAUUAACACCGAAUGGCCACCUGAAACAGACACACAGCUGCGUGGACUACGAGAACACAACUCUUCACUCAUUGCUAAGGCAGUAACAGGGCCUUUCAGGUUUAUUCUGCAUUACCUCUGGUACAGCCCUUCUAGCUCAACUCUGCCACCCGGUCUUGUGCGCCUAGCUACCAAACAAGUGAACUGGCAACUGGUGCUGGCAAGUAAUGGGAAGCUUCUUGCUGUCGUUCAAGACCAGUGCGUUGAAAUAAGGUCUGCUAGAGAUGAUUUUGGAUCCAUCAUUGGGAAAUGUCAAGUACCCAAGGACCCAAACCCUCACUGGCGUAAGGUGGCAUGGAGUCAUGAUUGUGCCCUGCUGGCGUACGCUGACAGCACUGGCACGGUCCGAGUCUUCGACCUGAUGGGCAGCGAGCUCUUCGUUAUACCUCCUGCUGUGAGUUUCCCUGGGGAUUUUAGUUAUGCGGCAGCUGGUCUGAUGUUUUUGGAAUACACAGCCAGUGCACAGUGGUCGGCCGAGCUGCUGGUUAUUACCUACAGUGGGCAGCUUAAGAGUUUCCUGGUCAGCGUUGGAACCAACCAGGGCUUUCAGGAGAACCACAGUUUCAGUUUCUCCACUCACUAUUCCAAUGGGAUUACCACAGCAAUAUAUCAUCCAAGUCACAGGUUGCUGCUGGUAGGAGGGUGUGAGUCUUGUGACAGUGAUGUUUCAAGGGCGAGCCGUAGUGGGAUCACGGCGUGGAGGGUGUUGUCAGGGUCACCCCACUAUAAACAGGUCACCAGUUAUGAAGACGACAUAAGUGCGUCUCAAAGGCGCGGAUUCUUCAGGAUGCCCAGUUUUCGACUUUUCCCCAGGCGUAACAACGAACAGGACGGCGUGUUCAGAAUGAGUUUGUCUCCUGAUGGCACCGUUCUGGCUGUGAUCCACUUCUCUGGGAGUAUCAGUCUCUGGGAUGUACCAUCAUUCAAACUGAGAGGCAGCUGGAAACAAGAGGAACAACCGGGAUUUGACGAGAUCAACCCGGAGUGGAAGACUUCGCUGGAGAAAAGGAAGAAAAUAAGAGAUAAGGAGCAGUAUCAAUCUCUGCUAGAUGUUAGCUGGUGGAGUGAGACGGCGCUGAUUUUGGCUCGAUGUUCGGGGGCCCUCACCGUGUCCUCUGUGCGGACCCUUAAAAACCUGCUAGGGAAAUCCUGCGAGUGGUUUGAACCCUCACUGCGAGUCACCUCUGCCCAUGACGGGGGCUUCCUCAGUCUGGAGUGUGAGGUAAAGUUGGCCACUAAACGUUCUCGUCUGGAGAGCAGCGAGACUGUUGAGGGGGAUGAUGGGGAGGAUGACUCCGACUCUGACGAAGAGUCCUCAGCGAAGGCACGCUAUUUCGGCUACGUCAAGCAGGGCCUGUACUACGUGACGGAGAUGGAACGUUUCGCCCCUCCCAGAAAACGACCUCGUACCGUUAUUAAGAACUACCGGCUUGUCAGCCUGAGAUCCACCACACCAGAAGAGCUCUACCAGAGGAAGAUUGAUAAUGAGGAGUAUGGAGAGGCUCUGUCUCUGGCUCAAGCGUACGGUCUGGAUUCGGAUCUUGUUUAUCAGAGACAGUGGAGAAAAUCAACAGUCAGCAUUGCGUCCAUUCAGGACUACCUGAGUAAGAUAAAGAAGAGGUCAUGGGUGCUGCACGAAUGUGUGGAGAGGGUUCCAGAAAAUGUGGACGCUGCCAAAGAGCUUCUGCAGUAUGGACUGAAAGGAACCGAUCUUGAAGCCUUGAUCGCCAUUGGUACCGGUGAAGACCGUGGCAGAUUCAUCCUGCCUGGUGAUCUGGAUCUAGAUGAUGCUCCAUACGAAGACAUUCUGUCCAUGGAAGAAGAGAUGGAGAAAAGAAAAGAGGUGGAGGCCAAGAGGAGGCAAGAGCUCCUCGAAAAAGUGGAUUUUAGCAAACUAACGCUAGAACAGAAGGAGCUCUGUAGGAGCAGAUUGAAACUCCUCUGCUAUCUGGACCGCCUGGCCACGUAUGAGGAGAUUCUGGGAGGACCACAUGCCGCAGAGCAGAGAUAUGAUGCAGAGUUUUUCAAGAAAUUUCGCAAUCAGAAUAUUGUUCUGUCAGCAAGAACAUACGCGAGGGAGAGCAACGUACAGGCUUUGGACAUUCUCUUUACUUAUCACGGCUCAGAGCUGCUUCAGCAUCGGCUCGCCAUCCUGUGCAAUUUCCCAGAAACCACCUCUCCUCACGAGUACACCGACCUUCUGCCUAAGGCUGGUGUGGAUAAGAAGAGUAACUUGCUUUUCAGUCCCUGGGAAGAGAGCAGACACCGAGAUCUGGACUGGUGUGAAGUUCCUGAAUGCAGAUCGGCGGUGGAGCCCAACCCAGUGGACGACUGCCACUUCUUAUACGAAGAGCAGCCAGAACUGGAGAGAUUUCGUAGUGCUGAACCCUGCAUCGCGCUGCUGACCGAGUGGUACCUGACCCGAGCGCAGGACAUAGAGAGCAAUUCUCACCAGGUUGAUUGUUCCCUGUCUCUGGUACGUCUGGGAAAAGAGCAAAACAUUCCUGGGCUGGAGGUGCUGUGCGACGACCUGGUUACCAUGGAGACACUGGUGUACGAGACAUCAUGUGACCUGGGUCUCACGUUAAAAGAGCUGCAGAAGCUCAGCGACAUUGACAAGCUCCGCCUCCUCAUGAAAAAUUCCAGUGAGGAUCGCUACAUUAGGAAUUUAUUCCAGUGGAUGGUCCCGUUUUUGCACCGUUGUGAGAGGCAGCAGGUGGGCUCGUCCUCCAGGCUGCUCAGAGAGUACCUGGUCACCCUCGCCAAAGACGAUCUCAAAUUUCCACUUAAAGUCUUCCAGCACUCAAAGCCAGAUUGUCAUCCAAAGGUCAUAGGUGAUUCAGACCAGCUCAUGUCUGUGGCAUUAGAGUGUAUCUACAGCAGCGAGAGGGACGAUCAGCUUGCGUUGUGCUACGAUAUACUUGAAUGUCUUCCUCAAAGAGGAUAUGGACCAGAGACAGAUGCCACAAAAGCUUUGCACGACCAGGUGGACACUCUGGAGAAACACUUGAGUGUUGCUGAGGUGUUAGAGAAACAUGGUCUUCAGAAGCCCAUCUCGUUCGUGAGGACCAGUCAGAACAGUAAGGAGGAAGCUCACCAGCUGAUGGUCCGACUGACCCGUCACACAGGACGAAAAAACCCUCCUGUGAGCGAGACGACAUGGAGAGGUUUGCUUCAAGAUCUCCUGGAUAUGCAGCAGAAUGUUUAUACCUGUCUUGAGCCAGAGACAUGCCAUCAGGUGUUUGUGGAGAGUUUGUUAUGUUCGGGGCACGAGGAGAACAUUCGUCUGGCUGGUCAGCUCAUGCACUGCAGCGCCGUGUCAGAGGACACUCCGGUGAGCGUUGCCUUUCGUGGGAAAGCUCACGCCCGCGUGGCUUAUAACCGCAGCGUGGAGCUGGUUCUGGCUGCGGCUCGUGAAUAUUUCAACUCCUCGGCCACUCUCUGUGACCCCUGCAUGACCCUGGCACGGUCAUGUCUGCUUUUGAUCACGGAUCGUCCUCCUCUCAUCCAGGAGGAAUUGGAUCUCAUUAGCGCCCUCUCUAAGCUGGAGGAAUUCAAUGUGAAGGUUCUGCCCUUACAGGUGCGUUUGCAGACUGAUCGUCUAUCAUUGGUCAAGGAUUGCAUCUCCCAGUGUCCUACUGCAUAUAAGCAGUCCACUCUUCUGCUCAGCCUGGCCAGACUGCUGCGUGUUGCAGGUGAUGAUGAGGCCAGAAGAAAGGGCCAGGUUCUCACUCUGUUGGCAGCACAGGCUCUGCACUGUCAAGAUUUCAAGGCCUCUUAUAUUCACUGCCAGGAUCUGAUGGCUGCAGGUUAUAGUGAUGGUUGGGAUGUGUGUGCUCAGUUGGGUCAGUGUGAGAUGUACUCACAGCUCUCGGCCCGUCAGGAUCUGAUGGCGUUCUCCCUUACACACUGUCCUCCUGCCAGCAUCCAGAACCUUCUAGCAUCGUCUAGUUCUCUUCAGACACAGGUUCUGUACCAGGCCGUAAAUUACAAGAUUGAUCCCUCUCAUGGCCCGAGAGCAGGCAGUGAGAUAUCGGAGACAGGAGCAACUGUUCCAGGAUCAGCCCCGGGCUCAAUUAACCCCACAGACCUGCUGCACAGAACCACGGCCCGAACCAUAGAGGUCCUGACCAACACCACCAUGAACACGAGAGCUGUGCUCACUGCUGUCAGUGACUCUCAUUGGUGGAGGGAAUCCAUUAGCUUGCUCCGCCCACUGCAGGGACAGGGCUUGGAUAGAAGUCGCUCCGCCGUGGCCAAUGAAAAUGCAGAACUGGAAAGGCAAGGAUGCAAUCCAUUCUACGCGGAGCUGUUUGAUGAUCCAUACGUCAAUACGGCUGAAGAUGUGUAUUUAUCUUAUAAGUACACUCCUCAUGAAGACUUUGCUGAAGUUUUACUACGGACGGGCAAACUGGCCGAAACAAACAGCGAGGGGCAGAACCUUUUUCCUGCAACAGAGGUACUUCUUCAGCUGGCCAGUGAUGCCUUUCCCAAAGAUAUGACACUUGCCCUGGCCUAUUUACUGGCUCUACCUCAGGUGUUGGAUGCAAACUUGUGUUUUGAGAAGCAGCCCCCAUCUGCACUGUCUCUCCAGUUAGCGGCGUAUUACUACUCUCUUCAGAUAUACUCCCGACUAGCACCCUGCUUCAAAGACAAGUGCAGCCCACUUUACAGGGCUGAUCCCAGAGAGCUGAUUCGUCUUGUGACCAAGCAUGUGACAGACCAUGCUGGACGCGAUUGGAAGGAUGAGGAACUGGAGGCUCUGAUUGGUCAGUUGCGUCUUCACAGUGAGAGACUGACGGACUUCACUCAAGCUCAGGUGCUGCAGGGUCUUGGCCGUGGGGUCGAUGUCCAGAGAUUUAGCAAUGACAACCAGUACAAGAAAGAGACUAUUCUGGGCCUGGCCGAGACCUUGGAUGAAAAUGUGUAUGGCAUCUCUCGCUCUUUGGCUCAGCGGUACAGCAUUCCUCUUUGGGAAGUGCACAUGACCCACCUUGAGUUUCUGUUCACUGACAGUGGACUCUCCACCAAAGACAUCGAGAGCCGAACUGAGACCCUGGGCCUUUUCCAGACUCUAAAGGCCGACCCAGAGGCUUUCUACACGCAUAUGACUAAAUAUGUAUAUCGCAGUAUAGCCGGAACCGAUCAGCUCAGACUCCUGUUCUACUUCACCCUUCUGGAGAACUGCGGCUGCGCAGACUACUUCCCUCCAUCUGCAAUGAAGCCUGACACUCAUCUCAAACUGCUCAAGAAACUCAAAGCCGUCGCAGUGGGUCUGGAUUAUAAGAAGCUAAUAGAUGAAGACUCAGAUCCUCUUAAAGCUUUGGAGCCAGUAUUGACCAGCCAGAACGUCCUGUCAAUCUCCAAACUGGCCCCUCGAAUCCCCCAGCAGGGAGGUGAACUGCUCACCUCUAGUGCUGUCCACGCCACCUGGCUACAUAAACUCUUUUGGGAAGGAGAUCAGCAGGUGCUGAAAAAAGCCUCUCAGAGCGAUCAAGACUUUUUUCAUGCCUAUGACACCUGUGCCAAAUACUUUGACCGACUGUUGCCCUUAGAUGCUGUUAACUUCUUGGAUGCCAUCACCUUUUCCCCUGAAGCUGCCAAUAAGCUGUCUGUAGCCGCCAGGCUUGAGAUCACCAAGCGGGCACAAAAGGCUCUAAAAGGCAUUAGCGACAAAGCUAAGAAAAAGGGGAACGAUGACAACUUUGACUCCGCCCUCGCUCAUCUGCAUCAAUCCGUAGCUCAUCUAGAGACUUUAAGCCACGCGUUCCCCCUGUCACUCAAGACGAGUCAAGAGGAGCGCUUGCAGCAAUACAGUCGCAUUUACGACCUGUCCAGAUCCGAGCAAUCAAAGGUGCACCAUCUGGCCGUCACUAUGGCCAUGGACGGACAGCCUCUCGAAUGGAUCAAGCAGCUGCUUGCGGUCGCCGUGGGAACGAGCGACCUGUCGCCGAAGAGCAUAGUAAAGGACGCAGUGGAGCGAAUCAUAUCUGCUCUCAGUGGUGACAAGGACGCUUUGAAAGAUUAUGCAGACCCCUUGAAGGUACUGGAAGGAAUUGUUGCAGCAGUGCACACUAAUGUACAGAGCGGUGGGAACAUGGUCACAUCCGAGGACAUGCUGAACUGGUUACGACCUUUUUGCGGGGACGAUGCCAAACCCGUGCGACCCCGGAUCGAGGUUCUGCAGAUUCUGGAACGAUCCUUUAACCUCAGCGAUCAGGACAUCCACCUACUGGUGUUCUUCAGGAGCCAGGCGGUUCUAAAAGCCUGCUGGCCAAACAGAGAGUGUGAGAUGAAAGACGUUGAGAAUGAGGAGCAGCGAAAUGCCUUGUUCAUGGAACUGUUGGAGUCUAGCAAUAAAUGGGAGGAGUUUCAGCACCUUAUGCUCCUGCUACAGGCGUGGCCACCAAUGACUGACAAGGGCAGGUUGGAGACCGAACAGAACCCCUGGGUGUGUCUCACAUCAGCCCUGCUCGCACACUCCUCCAGCAUUUCCGAAAUCAAUGUCGGGAAUGAGAUCCUAGUUAUGUGUCGCUUGCUCUACUCGACCAAACACAAACUUAAUCCACAAUGCAUUGGCCACAUUUCCUCCCUGCUGUUGAAUGCUGGGUUGAAGCUACCUGCUUUGAAGUUGAUGACUGAGAACGAUGACGAGCAUCUGCGCAAACUGACUUUGGAUCAGAUCAAAAACAUCAGUGAUGUGAAUGAAGAUGUGUGUGACCCUGAGCUUCUAUCUUUGCUGUUGAAUGCAGAGAUGUUGAUCAGUUGUGUGGACACAGCCCUUUACUCUCCUCUGAUCUCUCACAUGCUGGCUCAAGGGAGUUGGGAUGUGGAGAAGGCUGCACGAGAACUCCACCAGGCCGGCCACAGCGCUCAGGCCGGCUCCUUGCUCCUGUCCUACCGUGGAUCUCACCCAGGGCUGUUCACCUUCAACAGCGCCCUCACCGUCAUUCGGAAAUGGCUGUGAGGGAAACAUGUGGGAACACGCUGAUGAGUGUCAGUAUGUGUGAAGAGGAUUUAGAAGUCUACUAGUCUAUGUAAUCAUGGGACAUUGGCACAAAAUGCCAAAUCACAAGUCGUCCAUAAUUAUCUUCGGUUUUAAUAAUUCAGAAUAUGUUUGCGCACGACUUCCUGUUGGCAAAGGAUUCAAAUCGCUUUUCUAUUUCCUCUUUCUCUCUCUCUCCUGUGAUCUCUUUUGAAUGAAGCCUGGUGACACAGGUGUAAUUCCAUUACUUUGGCUGCUUGGUCACGCUAGCCUGCGCUAAUAAUCAUUACAGGCCGACAUCGAAAUUGAAAACGCCGCAUGUGUGCUGACUGCGGGUUCGUGCGGCUUCACGGCUGAUAGUUUCACAGACCACUUUUGCUCUUUCCUUUUCGUAGGGUUAUUAAUUAUUUUUUGAAGAAAACUGAUUAGGCUUUUGGGCAGCCUCAUGCUGCACGAUUCUUUAAACAUGCAAGUAUACGGAUGCACUACAGACUGUGUCGGAUAAUUCAGCAGUAAUGUGACUUAUCUGUGUUUUUUAGGUAAGAUUAUCAUCAGUAUUUAAUAAACGUGUCCCAUUAAAACAUA